AUGGAGACCCACUCUGAAAGUCCCUUGUCCUCCCCAGGGUGUGACUGUAACCUGGAGGGUGUUCUCCCUGAGAUAUGUGAUGCCCACGGAAGGUGCCGGUGCCGCCCUGGGGUCGAGGGCCCUCGGUGUGAUUCCUGCCGCUCGGGUUUCUACUCGUUCCCUAUUUGCCAAGCCUGCUGGUGUUCAGCCCUGGGGUCCUACCAGACGCCUUGCAGCCCAGUGACUGGACAGUGUGAAUGCCGGCCGGGGGUUACAGGACAGCGGUGUGACAGGUGCCUCUCGGGAGCCCAUGAUUUCCCCCACUGCCAAGGUUCCAGCAGUGCUUGUGACCCGGCUGGAACCAUCAACUCCAGUUUGGGGUAUUGCCAAUGCAAGCUUCAUGUUGAAAGUCCUACUUGUAGCAUCUGCAAACCAUUAUAUUGGAAUCUAGCCAAAGAAAACCCCAAUGGAUGUUCAGAAUGCCAGUGUGAUAAGGCGGGAACAGUGAGUGGAGUUGGAGAGUGUGGGCAGGGAGAUGGUGACUGUCACUGCAAGUCUCAUGUGGGUGGUGAUUCCUGUGACACCUGUGAAGAUGGAUAUUUUGCUUUGGAAAAGAGCAAUUACUUUGGGUGUCAAGGGUGUCGGUGUGACAUUGGCGGGGCGCUCUCCUCCGUGUGCAGCGGACCCUCCGGAGCGUGCCAGUGCCGAGGGCAUGUCGUUGGAAAGGCGUGCCAGUGGCCUGAAAACAACUACUAUUUCCCAGAUUUGCAUCAUAUGAAGUAUGAGAUUGAAGAUGGCACUACACCUGAUGGAAGGGACCUUCGGUUUGGAUUCGAUCCCCUGGAGUUCCCUGAGUUUAGCUGGAGAGGAUAUGCCCAGAUGACCUCAGUGCAGAAUGAUGUAAGAAUAAUAUUGAAUGUGGGGAAGUCAAAUCUCUCCUUGUUUCGAGUUAUUCUGAGAUAUGUUAACCCUGGAACCGAAGCAGUAUCUGGCCAUAUUACUAUUUAUCCAUCCUGGGCGAAGGCAGGUGCUGCUCAAAGCAAAGAGAUCAUCUUCCUACCAAGUAAGGAGCCAGCCUUUGUCACCAUCCCUGGAAAUGGUUUUGCAGACACAUUUUCGAUCACACCGGGGACAUGGAUUGCUUGUAUUAAGGCAGAGGGAGUCCUCCUGGAUUACCUGGUGCUGCUCCCCAGGGACUACUAUGAAGCAUCUGCCCUCCAGCUGCCAGUCACAGAGCCAUGUGCCUCUGCAGGAUCUCCCCAGGAAAAUUGCUUGCUUUACCAGCAUUUGCCAGUGACCAGAUUCCCCUGCACCCUGGCUUGUGAGGCCAGACACUUCCUGCUUGAGGGACAGCCAAGACCCUUGGCAGUGCGACAGCCCACACCCGCACACCCCGUCAUGGUGGACCUCAGCGGGAGAGAGUUUAUCCAGAGUUGCUGUCCAUUGGAGCAGAAGAGCAAACAUGAAUUCUCUGUGUCAGCUGAACUGGAAGUCACCCAUCUUUUAAAAAUGCUAAAUUCUAACCUAUUUUUAUUAAAAUCCUCCUUUCCUUUCCCACAGCUCAGACACUGAUCCAUAA